GCCCACUUGACUUCAUUCAGCAUAGCCUCAAUCGGUCUGUAGGGAGAGCACGGGGGGAUGUCAAGACAGUGCCUUCUGAAAGUUUGGACGGAACUGCACACACUCAUACAGGGACCCUGUUCAUGAUCAUACAUGAUCUGAGCCACACUACACGUAUGGACCCAUGCCACACACACACAAACACAUGCACAAAUGGAUGGACAGAACUUGAACGUUUAAGCUUGCAAACAUACAGACUCGUGUCACAUGAACACACUUUAGACACACACACACACGGCUGAAAUACAGUGGUGGUUAUGAAUCCUGCGUCCGAGACCGCUGUGGUCAGUAGAUCCUCCAGCACCAUGAGGAGACACAAAAGUGUCAGGAAGAACUCCAGGCGGAUUUACUCCCCAUACCAAGACAACCAGCCAGAACAUUCAGAUGAUGAGGACAAGGAGGAUGAGCGAGCUGACAGCAACGACCCAGAGGAGAUGUUCCAGAACAUCCAGUUUCAGAAAGAGAUCAUCGCUAACAUACGCACAAGAGCGUGGCCCAUGAGACGCAAGCUCAAAGCCCUUAAACAGGCCAGAGAGAUUGUGCUGAAGUAUGAGGGAAGGCUGACAAGGACCAGAGGGUACCAGGCUGCUGGGGCAGAUCUACUGAAGAAGGUAUCCAGGUUGCUGUACAACAUUGUGGUUCUGUUUAUUCCCUGGGAGAUGAGGAUCAAGAAAAUAGAGAGUCACUUUGGGUCAGGGGUCGCUUCAUACUUCAUCUUUCUCCGUUGGCUGUUUGGUAUCAACAUAGUGCUUACCAUCAUGACUGGAGCAUUCAUAGUACUACCAGAGCUCCUGGCAGGAGAGCCUUUUGGAACCACCCGGAGUAAGACAAUACCCCAGGAUAAUCUGAAAUCAGCUCAGGAUCUGGACACCAUUUGGUCUCUUGGGGGCUACCUACAGUACUCUGUUUUGUUCUAUGGGUACUAUGGCCGGGUAAGGAAGAUAGGAAGUGCCGGCUAUCGCCUCCCAUUGGCCUACUUUCUAGUUGGGAUGGCUGUUUUUGCCUACAGUUUCAUCAUUCUAUUAAGAAAGAUGGCUAAGAACUCUCGUUUGAGCCUGGCUAGUGCCUCUGAUGAGAAUUUCACCUUCUGCUGGCGAGUGUUCUGUGCCUGGGACUACCUCAUAGGGAACCCUGAGGCCGCAGAGAGCAAGGGAGCUGCUAUAGUCAACAACAUCCGGGAGGCCAUUGUUGAGGAGCAAGAGAAAAAGAAGGACACAAGUCUAGCGGUCUUGAUCAGUUUGCGUAUCCUAGCCAACAUACUCGUCCUUCUCUCUCUUGCUGGCAGCAUCUACAUCAUCUACUUUGUGGUGGAUCGCUCUCAGAAGCUAGAGCAGAAGCCAGAGCUAACACUAUGGGAGAAGAAUGAGGUGAGUGUGGUUGUGUCUCUCAUCACCAUGAUUGCCCCGUCUGCCUUUGAGCUGGUGGCUCAGCUGGAGAUGUACCAUCCCAGGACCUCCCUCCGCUUCCAACUGGCCAGAGUACUGGUGUUAUACCUGGGUAACCUCUACAGCCUCAUCAUCGCCCUUCUAGACAAGGUCAACAGUAUGAGUAUGGCCUCAGCUGCUACGCCUGCUGCUGCCGCUGCCUCUGCGGGUUCGGGGAACUGGUCUGACGCCACAGCAUUCAUGGAGACCAUGUCCCAGCCAGCGGAGGAGAAUCUGUCCACCCUCGUUUCCAACGGUUCCAUCUUGGAGCGCCGCAACAGCACCAUAGCGACCAUCGCCAUGGUGUUGGACAUCAACACUAGCAUCAGUAAGGUUACCGUGGCAACCAUGUACAACGGCACGGGGACGGUUGAGCAGAACAUGCCGAUGAAACAGGACGAGUGCUGGGAAACCUACGUUGGUCAGGAGAUGUUGAAGCUGUCAAUCAUCGAUAUGAUUUUCACGGUGGCCAGUAUCCUGCUGAUUGACUUCAUCAGAGGGCUGGUGGUCAGGUACCUGAGUGACUGCUGCUGCUGGGACCUGGAGAGCAAGUUUCCUGAGUAUGGUGAAUUCAAGAUAGCUGAGAAUGUACUCCAUCUGAUAUACAACCAAGGAAUGAUCUGGAUGGGUGCUUUCUUCUCUCCGUGUCUGCCUGCCUUUAACGUGUUGAAGUUAAUAGGCCUGAUGUACUUGAGGAGUUGGGCUGUGCUCACCUGUAACGUCCCUCAUCAGCAGGUGUUCCGAGCAUCCAGGUCAAAUAAUUUCUACCUGGCUAUGCUGCUGUUCAUGCUCUUUCUGUGUAUGCUGCCCACCAUCUUUGCCAUAGUGAGAUACAGGCCAUCCCAGUACUGCGGGCCAUUCAGCGGUCAGGAGAAGAUUUAUGACAUCAUCUCGGAGACGGUAGCCACAGACUUCCCUCUGUGGUUCAGUAAAGUGAUGAGUUACGUCACCAGUCCUGUUGUAGCACUGCCCGCUCUGCUGCUGCUGUUCAUGUUAAUCUACUACCUUCAGGCUAUUGCCAGAUCCCUUAAAUUCACCAACAACCAGCUGAGGAUGCAGCUCCAGACUGAGAGAACUGAAGACAAGAAGAAAGUAUUCCAGUUGGCUGCAGCAAGGCUGCAGGCCCCAGAGCUGGCCAGCAGGGACAAGAAGCCCGACCAGCAGGACAGUGACAUCACCAGCCACGACUCCUCCGUCCACACACCCUCGCCCAGAAGCAACGGAAGUGUUACCAAUUUCCAGUCCCCAGUUCGCCAUGGCAACAGCAUCCGCACCAUCACCCAGUCGGCAUCAAGGGCUGAGAUUGUCAGGGCGACCACGAGUGCUGGAUCAUCUAGAAGUCCAGCAAUGUCUAUGCUGAACAAGCAAAGGGUGGAGCAGAUCCCUAACAGGCACCCCGUCUACCUUGGAGGACCCAGUGGAACCUGCAGGUCCAAGUCCUAUCACCAAGUGGCCUACAACCCCCCGACGCGCUACUCCUCGGAGAACAUUCACUCAGACCCCCUCUACAGAAAGACCAGCAGGGCCGUGCACCCCGCGGAGGCUGCUGGGACAGUGACAGCCCAAAGCUAUGCGGGCCGACGCGCCCACACCACUCGCUACGUCAUUGUCAAUGAGCACGAAGCUAGGAAAAAGUUGCUGCGGUCCGCCACACGCAUUCCCCGCCACUUCCGGAUGGAAGAGCCGGUGGGCGAGAUUGUGGAGCUGAUCCCACGGAACAUCAAACGCUACACGCCGCGGGUUCCGUACGGGCACUCGCAUAGGUCGCAUCCAACACAGCCGCACCUGAGUGAGGAAGAGGAAGAGGAAGAGGGAGGAGGGAAGCGUGAGGCUAGGAGAGGGUCGUUUGGGCAGACGCACCGGCCCCGGUCCCUGUCCGACCUCCACCAGCCGGCCCGCUUCUACAUCGGGGAGCGUGUGGAUAGCCAGCUUUCCAUGGUACCAAAAGACAGCAGCGCAGGUCGGGGUUGCUACGGCGGUGGAACACAAGAAAAGGACAAAGAAGACUGGGAGAAUAUGGAGACACGCUUGCACUCCCAGACCAGCAUCCGGGGAGCAGAUUUUCCACCAGCAACUCCCCCAGCCAGGCAGACACAGUCCCCAGCCAGGCAGACACAGUCCCCAGCCAGACUCUCCUACUCAAUGGGUAGACUUGCACACUCCUCGCCCCAGGGUUCUGGAAGACGGUUGGAGCCCCGGAUCAAGCCCAAGACAUCCAGGUCUGUUCUGGAACCGUCCCUGACCGAGUCGGACUCGGCCUCUCUGGCCUCCAGCAGUGACCAGCAGAACAGCAGCACAGACCAGUACAUCCAGGUCAUUCACAACAAGGAGAAGUACCUCAAGUCUGAGGCCAGGCAAGGUAAGCUGGCUAAGAAGAAGUCCAAAGCGAGUAUAGAUCUCAGUGUACCCGAUUCUAAAGAACUGGUCUGCUCUAAUGUAUAGUUGGAGUAUUUGUAUUCUGAAUAUGUCCAUGUCCAGGUGUGAGCUAUGUAGUCCUUAAUUUCUAUAGGUUUCCAUAAUGUAGCAAUGUACACAGAAAAAAAGAUAACAAAACUAGUAGAUGUAAAGUCUGAGGACCAUUAUCGUCAAUUUUAAGUGCAUGUGUUGUAAUAAAACAGUCUGUGCUCUAUAUUAUGCAUAAACAAUGAUAUGUUCUCAAGGUCUUGCGCACUGUACUUGUACUUGUUCUCUAGUAUUUCCCUAAGAAUCAGAUGCAUUGUUCUACUUGUUUGGUUAACUUUUGGUUACACUGAGAGUGUUUGUUUUAGGUUUGCCAUUAGGUGUUAUAAUACUGGCUAUUAUACCCGAUACCAGAUAAGCGGAUGAAGAUGAGAUGACAUGAAUACUGGCUAUUGUAUGUAUACUGCAUUUUGGCAAGCACGUAUUGGCAGCAACUCAAUAAAACUAUGAUUAUGUAGUAAAGUAUGUUUUGUAACAUAUAUUAGAUGUUGGGAAAUGUAUAAAGUGAAUGUAGAUUACUGCAGUUUAAUAUGUUAAUAUUAAUUUGGUAUUAUCAUCAAUUGUAUGUUGUGGCUUUUCAAAACUAUUAGUACAAA